CUCGAUUUGUGUCCUUCCGCACGUACCCGUGUACUCUUGCACAUGAAAGUGAAAUCGGAAAAUCGACAUGAGUUGAGAUUGAUUGCAACAAGAUAUGAACAGCUAUUGGAGGUACUCUGAUAAUCAGAGCCUUGCAGCGCGUAUAUGCGUGGUCAAUGAGAAUGUUCACUUGCAUUCCCGCAUCGCAAUGAAGACCAAUCGUUGGCAUCUGCCAGUCUGGCAGGCAUGUGGCGUCGAGAGGACGUACCCAAAGCAAAAUGCCAAUAUCUCUUCGCCCGCUUCGGUGGCCUCGCGCUCUGCCGAUUGUCAAGAAAAACCAGGUAGAUGCCUGACAGCACCUGUCUACACGGACCCCAACCAUAGACUAGGGGCAGGCCGCUUGGAGAUCUCCCCCAGGUUUUCUUGGGCCAGAAGUCCGCAAGUGGUGAAAUGCUACUGGAUAGCCAGUCCGGUGCCACAUAAACAUCGAAGGACUAAAGAGUCUUUUCCUUCAGACUCCAUGGAGACAAGGAUCUGA